UGUUAUCUCGUCAGCCUUGUCGAUGAUUAUUCGAAGGCACGAUCACCUCAUGACGUCCCUAUUGUUCGUGAGUUCGUGGACGUGUUUUCGGACGAGCUUCCAGGAGGACCGCCUAACAAGAUGGAGUUCUCUAUUGAUCUUAUUCCAGGGGUCGGUCCAGUUUCUAAAGCACCCUAUCGUAUGGCGCCAAAAGAAUUGCAGGAGCUUAAGGUGCAAAUUCAGGAGUUAUUACGACUCGGUUUCAUUCGGCCGAGCGUUUCACCUUGGGGACCACCCGUUCUUUUUGUCAAGAAGAAGGACAGAUCCAUGCGUAUGUGUAUCGACUACCGGGAUCUUAACCGGUUGACGAUCAAGAACAAGUACCCGCUUCCCAGGAUUGAUAAUUUAUUUGAUCAGCUGAGGGGAGCUUGUGUUUUCUCUAACAUUGAUUUGCGAUCAGGCUACCAUCAGCUGAAAAUCAAGGAAUCAGACAUUCCCAAGACUGCUUUCCAUACUCGUUACAACCAUUACGAGUUCAUUGUCAUGCCUUUUGGUCUCAGCAAUGCCCCUGCUGUAUUCAUGGAUCUGAUGAACCGUAUUUUCCAUCCCUAUCUUGAUCAGUUUGUCAUUAUUUUCAUUGAUGAUAUCCUUAUCUACUCAAAGAGCCAAAAGGAACACGAGAAGCAUCUGAGGGUUGUUCUUGAGACCCUUAGACGAGAAAAAUUAUAUGCAAAAUUCUCCAAGUGCGAAUUCUGGCUUCGGCGAGUAGCUUUUCUUGGUCAUGUGAUUACGCAAGCAGGUAUUGAGGUCGAUCCUUCCAAGCUUGCAGCCGUUCAGAACUGGUCAACACCGAAGAGUCCGUCCGAGGUUCGCAGUUUUCUCGGUUUGGCUGGUUAUUACCGCAGAUUCAUUGAGGGCUUUUCCAAGAUUGCCCUUCCUUUAUGCCAGCUGACGAGGAAGUCU